UCUACUGAGAAUAUCAAGUUCAAAGUUUAAACCUUUCAACAAUUGCAUCAACAUAACAAACACAAAUGCACGUCUAAAUGAAGCAUGAAAUUGCUGACAUUGACAAAUCCAACGGUCACAAACUUACUUGGAAGUGAAAUUCAGACAAAAAACAAUAAACCCAUCAAACCGACCGGUUAAUCACUCACUUAAUAACAAAAACCUGACUAAGUUAAUCAAAACUAGAAGCAAAAGCCACAAACUUUGAAAGUUUGAAGAACAAGCUUACGGGAGAGAGAAGAAGAAGAAAGGCGCGCGCUUUGCUCGAAAAAGUGCAGCAUCUUAUAAACUAUGAAACGUCAAAAAUACCCUUGAUUAUUUUGUCGUUUAGUGGAGCAGAAACGACAUUGUAUAUUUCUCACUAUUCGUGAAUUGGCCUCAAGGUCGUUUGUCCUCUCUGAAAAUAUUUGUCAAUUAGUCCUUCUUGCAGUGCAACAUCUUAUUUGUGGGCCACGUGGCGUCGCGUCACCGUGAGACGCUUAGGACAGGCAGCCUCAUCGCCCUCCUAAUGUAACGCCUACGAAAACCGCGAUCCGAUUCAGCGGUUUCACACCACUUAAUUCACACAAAUGGAGCUCCGUAUCUGCAACCCUCUUCGUCGUCUUCCUUUUCUCUCCAAUUGCUCCUAUCAAAUUAAAUCCUCCCAAGUUCGAAGGUUCUCUGUUCGGAGCUGCCGCUUAGACCCCAACGAAUCACACAAGCUAGUUUUGCAAGUGAAGAAGAAGCUUGAGAAAGAUCAUCAAAGUCUCCCUGUAGGCAAAAAUGGAAGAGAUGAUGAGGAUAUGAUCCUCUGGUUUCUCAAGGACCGCAAGUUUUCGGUCGACGAAUCUGUUGAAAGACUGACUAAAGCAAUUAAAUGGCGUGAAGAAUUUGGGGUGUCUGAAUUAUCUCACGAUUCAGUGAAGAGUGUAGCCGAAACUGGAAAAGCUUAUGUACAUGACUUUCUUGAUGUUAAUGGUAGACCAGUUCUCAUAGUGGAUGCCUCUAAGCAUCUUCCUGCUGUGCAUGAUCAUGCUGAGAAUGAGAAGCUCUGCGUGUUUUUGAUUGAGAAGGCAUUGAGUGCUCUUCCAGAAGGGACAGAAGACAUACUUGGAAUCUUUGACCUACGAGGCUUUGGUACAGAGAAUGCAGAUUUAAGUUUCAUAACAUUUUUGUUUGAUGUUUUCUACUAUUAUUAUCCAAAGCGAUUGGGCCAAGUCCUCUUUGUGGAAGCUCCAUUUAUAUUCAAGCCAAUUUGGCAGCUGGCCAAGCCUUUGUUAAAAUCAUAUGCUUCGUUGGUGAGGUUUUGCUCCGUGGAGACUGUCAGGAAGGAAUAUUUUACAGAUGCAACGGUGCCAGCCAAUUUUAGAGACUGAGAAAUGUCUCUCAAGUUUUGACUUGAUGUACCAGUGUAUAAUUCUUUUUGUACAAAAGAAUGGCUUUCACCUUUUGCCAGUAGAAUAUAUUUACUUUUAGCUUUAUAAUUUUGGGGUUUAGAAAAACUCAUUCGUUCUAAUCCAAUUUUGCUCCACAAGAUACAACGACAGCAUGUAGUAUAUGGUCAAUCAAUUUCUGGCCUUUGAAUUGUUAUUGAAUAAAA